AUGGUGGGACUCGAAGUACCAAUAGUACAAAUUAACUUGCAUCACAGCAAAAGCGCUUCAGCGAUUCUAGCCAGGAGCAUAGCUGGGAUGCAGACAGUAAUAGCAAUAAUUCAGGUGCUUUGGCUCCUGAAUAACGCUAUAAAAAGACUGAGUGGCUGUGGAACCAUCUAUAAAGCAGACACUCAGGACAAAAUUAGGACCUGCAUUGCAAUUAAGGGACUAAAUGCUAUUUUUAUGUCACAGCUCAGCGAUGGCGACACCACCGUUAUACGGACAAGGUUGGACCACGGCGAAGACAGACACUUGGACAUACUCAUAGGGUCAGCUUACAUGCCCUAUGACUCUCAAGAAGAACCACCACCAAAAGGGGUAAGAGAUCUGGUGUCCUACGCGAAGGAGAGGGGACUUGAACUCCUAUCGGGCUGCGGUGCAAACUCACACCACAUAGAGUGGGGGAGUUCGACUAUAAACCCGAGGGGAGAAAGCCUCCAAUUCAUUAUGGACAUCAGCUUAAUGAUCCUAAACAGAGGAACGGUACCCACCUUCAUGGACUGCAGAAGACAAGAAGUAUUAGAUAUCACCAUCAGUAUUGGGAGAGUGGCGGACCUGGCGCGGGACUGGAGGGUCUCUGGAGAGCGCUCUGGUUCUAACCAUAAGCAGAUUUGCUACAAUCUCCUGCAUAUGGUGAAAAAAGAAUGGGAUUGA